CAACUCUCGGCUGAACUGAACGUUAAGAAUGACAUUAUUCGCUCCCUUUCCUUGGACAUAAAUAUUAUGAACCAAGAGGUAAAUAUUGGAACAAAGACGACCCCCGCGCAGAACUAUUAUGUUUAUCUGGUCGAUUGAUCUUACAUUGCCAACUUCUCACCAGUUGAAAAGGAAAAAAAGUUCAGAGCUAUGUCUUCGUUCCAUCUAUAUCACAGGACAACUGAGUUUAGCUGUUAAAUUGCACACCGACAUUUGCACAUCUCCUACGAGCCAUUGCCUGUUUGUUAUUUUUUAAACUUUAAUAGGUAGGAUCAGUGGCGUAGCUACGAAGGUGCAUGUGGUAUCCCCGCACCAGGGCUUGAAGCCAAAAGGGGCCUGAGCAUGUAAAAGUAUAAAAUAAAAAUAUAAAUAACACAAGAAGAAUUAUCUCGUACCAGGGACCACCCAACUCCAGCUACGCCGCUGGGUAGGAUAUAAUAAUAUAUUAUGUUAGAUUUACUUUACUUUAAUAUCAUUUGUUGUACUGAUGAAGGCGGUUUGCCAAACCGUUUGGAUUUGUAUUUCGUCGCACGAUAAUUAAAGCAGACAAAUGCGGUUUUAUUUUCACAAAUUUUUGGGGUUUCAACAUCAUGUUUACCAUCAGCUGGUUAGAUACAGACUGCGAUAGUAAAAACAAAAACAAUCCGACAACAUGCUGAUUAAUUUGACUAAUUUAACGCCAAGAAACAGAACUUGUUAUAGAAUGCUGUACGUUUCCAAAAAAAAUGAAGGUCCCAGUUCAACUUUAAAGGUUGGAAGUGUAAGGGUCGGAGGUAGAGACCGACCGAAUUUCGGCUUCGGCUUCUGUUUCGGCACCGAAAGUGGCCAUUUAUCACUUUCGGCCAAGUUUCGCUUUCGGCCGAAACUGAAAAGUUAACUUUCGGCUUAAUUUCGGUUUCGGCCGAAAGAGAAUAGUUAACUUUCGGUUUUUCUUCGGUUUCGGCCGAAAUUGACUUAGACUUUCGGCCAUCCGGCCGAAAGUGACUAAGGUUUUCGGUAAUUUUAAUACUCAGCGAAAGCGAUCUUUAACAACAAACUAAACGAUCUUUAACAACAAACUAAACGAUCUUUAAGAACCAAUUAAGCGAUCUUUAACAACAAACUAAACGAUCUUUAAGAACCAAGUAAGCGAUCUUUAACAACAAACUAAACGAUCUUUAAGAAUCAAUUAAGCGAUCUUUAACAACAAACUAAACGAUCUUUAAGAACCAAUUAAGCGAUCUUUUACAACAAACUAAACGAUCUUUAAGAAUGAAUUCAGUGAUCUUUAACAACAAACUAAACGAUCUUUAAGAACCAAUUAAGCGAUCUUUAACAACAAACUAAACGAUCUUUAACAACAAACUAAACGAUCUUUAACAACAAACUAAACGAUCUUUAACAACAAACUAAACGAUCUUUAACAAAAAACUAAACGAUCGUUAACAACAAACGAAACGAUCUUUAACAACAAACUAAACGAUCUUUAACAACAAACUAAACGAUCUUUAACAACAAACUAAACGAUCUUUAACAACAAACUAAACGAUCUUUAACAACAAACUAAACGAUCUUUAAGAACCAAUUAAGCGAUCUUUAACAACAAACUAAACGAUCUUUAACAACAAACUAAACGAUCUUUAAGAACCAAUUAAGCGAUCUUUAACAACAAACUAAACGAUCUUUAAGAACCAAGUAAGCGAUCUUUAACAACAAACUAAACGAUCUUUAAGAAUCAAUUAAGCGAUCUUUAACAACAAACUAAACGAUCUUUAAGAACCAUUUACGCGAUCUUUAACAACACACUAAAUGAUCUUUAACAACAAACUAAACGAUCUUUAACAACAAACUAAACGAUCUUUAACAACAAACUAAACGAUAUUUAAGAACCAAUUAAGCGAUCUUUAACAACAAACUAAGCGAUCUUUAUGAACAAACUAAGCGAUCUUUAACAACAAACUGAACGAUCAAUAACAACCAACUAAAAGAUCUUCAAAAACAAAUUAAGCGAUCUUUAACAACAAACUAAGCGAUCUUUAUGAACAAACUCAUCCAUCCUUAUGAACAAACUAACCGAUCAAUAACAACCAAAUAAAAGAUCUUUAAAAACAAAUUAAGCGAUCUUUUAGAACCACAAUUUUUAGAGACCCUGUUUUAAAAAAAUAAUAUUUUACAUUAAUUUCCCCUCCUCCCCCCCUCCCCCCCAAUUUUUGCCAAAUUGUCUCCUACAAUACUAAUUUUUUUUUAAAUUGUAAAGCAAUUUAAAUUACUUUUAUAUAAAAAUGGUAAAAUCCAAGGUAUUCAUUAGAUCAAGGGUCUCAAACUCAAAUGAUGGUGGGGGGGGGGGGGGGGGGGGAGGGGGGCACAGGAGGUAGUGUCUGAAUGAGAUUGGGCCGCAUCAAGUAAUCCACAAAAAAGCGAUUACAACUGUUACAAUCUGCUCAACCUUUAUAAAUAACAAUAAAAUCAUUAAGGGUUCUCAAGAAAACUCACUGUUGCCAGAGACCUGGCGUACAAAAAUAUAUAGAAACAUUUUUUAAAAAAAAAUCAGAAUUAGACUAGUCGGUGAGAUUCGACUGAAACCGUCGCGGAGAGUCACGUAAUAGAUGUGAGAAUGGCGGAAACGGGCCGGCGCAUUUACACUACACUUUUCUGUCAUGUAGCGGGCCGCAAAAUAUCGUCUUGCGGGUCACAAAUGGCUCGCGGGCCGCGAGUUUGAGACCCCUAUAUUAGAUGUUUAUUUAUUAAUAUUCACGAUUAUCUAAUUUUUUACAAAAAGAAUGUAAUUUUCGAUGUAUGCAGAAUGUAUGCGGGAACGAAUUUCAAACUAUCUUAAUAUUUCAUUUUCGGUUUCGGCUUCGGUUUCGGCCAAAAUUCAUUUUUAACUUUCGGCCUAUUUUCGGUUUCGGCCGAAAGUCAUUUUUUAAACUUUCGGCAUUUUUUCGGUUUCGGCCGAAAGUCAUUUUAAACUUUCGGCCGAAAUCAGAAAAUAACUUUCGGUCGGUCUCUAGUCGGAGGUCAAGCCUCUAAAAAGAUUGGUGGGGGGGGGGGUAAUUUUGAACUCGGGUCAUUUAAUGCAUGAGGAUGGGAUUAACACAAAUUUGUAGAUCGCCCGCUCACUCACUCACUCUCUCACUCGCUAACCCACUCACUCACUUCCUCCCUCACUCAUGCACUCACUCACUCAAUAACUCAUUCACUCACCGACUCACUCCCUCACUCGCUCGCUCACUCACUCACUCAAUCACUCAUUCAUCCUUACUUACACCUACCUGGGCCUAAUACAAAUCUUGUGGCCCUGAAUGCGAGCAUGCCGAGUAGCACUACACCAGACUGUGCGUCUUUGGGGGUUGGCUUUAAAACGGCAUCUUCGCAACACGAUUGAGGAUGACAAUGAUCUACCGUCUAUAAUUCAGCCCCCCAACCCACUUAUGCGGAUGUGAAAGGGGCGGAAAGGGGGCCGUCGCCCUAUGAUAAGAAUUUUAAAAAACCGACUCAGUUGAGACGGACAGUUUUUCUUGUUGAAUAAUGCAAGCAGUUUUUCUCAAUCAAGAUAAUAUGAUCAGGUUAAAUCCUUUGUCCUGCACAGGUUCUCAACUUUACCAAAAAACACCAACUAAAGAACGGGAUGCCUCCGUGCCCCAGCCCAGGAAUCCCUUCAACGGCCCUAGGGAACGACAACUCAAACAUGCAGUCCAAAAGUGGCAGGUUUGUACGGCUGGACGGGAGGCCAUGGGUUCUCAGUCUAUGUAACUAGUAAACAGUUGUCCUCAACCUACUGACCUACCGACAAACGUGUCUCAGUGUAAGGCAUUGUUCACACAUGGUUUUGAUAAAAACAGCAAUCAAUUACCAAAGGAUGACAUCCGAAAGGUUUGAAAGACUUUGACAGAAGACGCAGAGCUAACGAAGACAUUGAGUCACAAAUUACGAAACUCAUUUCUUCACAUUGAUCUGCUAUUCACACAAUACAAUUUUAUAUUGUUUUAUAUAUAUAUAUAUAUAUAUAUAUAUAUAUAUAUAUAUAUAUUCAUUUUGGACAGGUUUCGUUUCUUUGACAAGGCGCUGGCCGUCAUAAACGAGAGGCUUGCUGGGAUACUUGGGGAACCUAUCACUGACUCGGAGGAGGAGGGAGUCGCAGCUCUGGAAGCUAGGAUCAUAAAGUUGCAGGAGGUGACGUCAUUUUUUGUUUAUUUGUUGUAGUUGUUUAUUUUUAAGAUUUGGUUUGUGGAAAAAAAAAGGGUGGGGGGGGCGGAGAGUAAUAAUGCGAUUUCAACCUAAAAUUCUAAAUCAACUUUUGCUGGCUGAUUGGCUAAGGGUAUAGACAUGUGUUUAGCAUAUCACAACUGUGGCCUUGCAAGAGUUCGAGAUUAAUUUUACACUUUUCUUGCUACGGGUAAAACUCGGUUUCAGAUCAUAUUUUUAAUCUUUUAUUUUUUAAAUUUCUUGUUUUGUAAAGUUUUUAUUCUAGCAUACCAAGAGGUGACGUGGCAGAGGUUCAUCUCCUGUUGACGGUUCUCAAGCAGUUAACGUGCUCUCACCAUUUCAGAUGCUGUGGGAGUUUCAGUGUAAACUGAGCCUUUUGCAGAAAGACAGAGAAGACGCGCUGGCGAUACUCUUUUCGGACAAGAAAUCCACUGGAGUGGUCAACCUUGUUCAAGGUGUGCAGAGGUUUCUAAGUCAAGAGCAGAAGAGCAGGUGACAGAACGGCAUCUGUGUGGGUGGUUCUUGAUUGGUACCAAAAAUACUUCACGACGCUUUCGUAGGGACGUAGUAUUCUAGAGAAAUUGAUUUCCUCAACACCCCCCCACCCCACCAAAAAAAAAUCAUUUUAGAGUCAGGCAAGGGGGGGGGGGGGUUGUCACACUUAACGGAUCACAGAAAUGGCAGUGAGUUUUAAAACUAAAACUCUAAACCAUCACGCUUUUUGAUGUGUAAAACAAAAAUGCAUCAUUUAAAAAAAAAAAAAAAAAACAUCUUUAAAACCUUUUAUUACUCUCUGACCAUCAUCUUAAAAUCUUUUAUUACUCUCUGACCUGGAGUUGGGGACAUAUUUAUUUUAUCUUCUGUGGAUAUGAAUGACACAUAUUCUGGCUGCCACUUGUACAAGGGGCUAGACAUUUUAGUACAUACAUUUUAAACCGUAAAAAUCUGAGGCAAACUUGACACAACUAGUCCUAAAAAGUUCUUUAGAAUUUACGAAGCGAAGGGUAAAGAAACAAGCUUAAGGCAGAUCAAAAACAAUAUGAAGACAAUACUUUUAAAAAAGUAUCUAAAUUGAGACCAAGUUUUUUGUGUCUAGUAGGCUAGGUUCAUAUAUCAUAGACACAAUUUCCUCAGGUACUCACUCCUCAUUGACGUAGACAAACUUUCCCGGAAAAUGCGUGGCGUCCAAUCAGGCAGCCCAUCGAGGCGAAUACAUGGGCCCAAGCAGUCGGCCGUCACGGGUAGGUGA